CAUAUUUUGAUACAUUACUGCUCUUGAAACGUGGAGAUCAUAUGAUAACCUUCGUACGUAUGUUUCAAAGUGAGGAUUGGACUGAGUGAGAUUAAGAUAGCGCCCAUCACAAUCAUUCACAAUAUUAUUAUUUGAUACACAUUCACACAUUCUCUCUCUUCAAUUUCAAUGGCGGAUCAGAGCCCGAAACCAGAGACCUUCGAACUCAACAAUGGCACUAUCCAGGUCCUCCUCACCAAUCUCGGAUGCACCAUCAUCUCCUUAUCCGUGCCAGGAAAAGAUGGGGUGUUAUCCGACGUCGUUCUUGGCCUCGACUCUGUUGAAUCCUACCAGAAAGGUCUUGCUCCUUAUUUUGGCUGCAUUGUGGGUCGGGUUGCGAACCGAAUUAAGGAUGGCAAGUUUACACUUGACGGGGUUCAGUACACUUUGCCUGUCAACAAACCCCCAAACAGUCUCCAUGGUGGAAAUGUUGGAUUUGAUAAGAAGGUAUGGGAGGUAGUUGAACAUAAAAAAGGGGAAACCCCCUCAAUCACUUUUAAGUAUCACAGUCAUGAUGGAGAAGAAGGUUAUCCUGGGGAUAUCACUGUUACCGCAACUUACACACUCACCUCAAGCACAACUCUGAGGCUUGACAUGGAGGGAGUGCCAAAAGACAAGGCCACCAUAAUUAACUUAGCUCAGCAUACCUACUGGAACUUAGCUGGCCACAACUCUGGGAACAUACUUGACCAUUCAAUUCAGUUAUGGGCUAAUCAUGUCACUCCCGUGGAUGAGAACACCGUGCCAACAGGUGAAAUCAAGCCGGUGAAGGGUACCCCUUUUGAUUUUACAUCUGAGAAGAGAAUCGGCGACACCAUAAACCAGGUCGGAAUGGGAUAUGACCACAAUUAUGUGCUUGAUUGUGGGGAAGAGAAGGCUGGUUUGAAACACGUGGCGAAAGUGAGGGAUCCAUCAAGUUCAAGGGUUCUAAACUUGUGGACAAGUGCGCCCGGUGUGCAAUUUUACACUGCAAACUAUGUUAAUGGUGUUCAUGGAAAAGGAGGUGCUGUAUAUGGAAAGCAUGCUGGCUUGUGUUUGGAGACACAAGGUUUUCCUAAUGCCAUAAACCAGCCAAAUUUUCCAUCUGUGGCAGUUCGUCCUGGUCAGAAAUAUCAACAUACCAUGUUGUUUGAGUUUUCACUUGAGUGAUGAUGUUGUUGGAGUGGCAUAGCAAUGAGGUAGACAUCUUGUUCUGCAUAUUAUGAUUCAGAACCUGAACUUUGGCUUCUCCUAAAAUUAUCACUUGUUUGCGGUUGAAUAAUUGCAUGACAAUUUCGUUGUCUCAAGUUUCAACACCACAUUGCAAGCUGUGCUGUGCUGUUUUAUCACU